AUGUUCAAGAAUAUCUCCUACUCUCUGUUGCUGGACCCACUGCCCAAACAGAGGGAGCCCUUCUGGACUGUGCUUCUGGAUUUGAGUCUGCAGCCAGCUAUGAUUGCAAGUGCAAACGGGUUCAAGGUCAUCUAUAGCAGUCACGACAAAGAUCACCCCAUGUACGGAGAAACGUUCCUGCUGUUUCUUCAUUCGCCUCUUAAACCAACAGAUGCCGAAAAUCUUAAAGGCAUCGCCCUGAAGUCGCCAUACAGAAAAGACGACACUUUCACACUGACCAUUUGCCCAUUGCCUCAUUGUGGAACCAUCGAUGCUUCGUGUCAAAGUCUAACAAUCAGUAUACCUGAUCAGGACAAAAUAAACAUCAUCGAAGAGAUUCCUGAAAGUGAAACCAAGUCCAACGAGUGUGGAAGCGAAGUUCUGACUGAGGUGCAAAAAGUUCCGAGCUUCAUGGUUCACGACGCUUCUUUUGUGUCGAACUCUUUCGAUGAAAUGAAAACGGAAAAUACGAAUUCAAAAUCGAUAUCAUCAAAUAUAGUGGUGUCUUUUAUUCCAAACUUGGAAAUGGAAGGAACUAUUGUGGUACUGUCGGAUUGGAUGGGCGAAGUGAAAUCACGAUUUGUUUGUCCGAUUGACAGUUAUCUAGACGCUGCCGCUCUGACCGAGAAACUGUCUCGUGACGAGGAAUACUUGCUCUCAUUUUGUUCUUUGAUCGAGCAAAAUGGGACGGAGAACGCAAAACUUAUGAUACUUUUGGUUACAACGCUAUGUAUUCUGCUAAUACAGAUCGUUAUUUUUUACCUGAUAAUCAAGCCAAAAUGUUUUACCAGAAAAAGUAGUAAAUCCUUCAUUUCGGCAAUCGGUCCAAACUUGAACAACCGAACAGUUGCUGACGACACUGCGUUCAAUGUCAUAAAAGACGCUAUUGAGGAGGAAUCCAAAAUCAGUUUCCUGAGAAACCUGAAGUGGCAUUUGAUGAAUCUUUCGUCGCUUCCGCAGUUUUGGAAAUCGAAAAAUGGAAAUUUUAAUGAUUCGUCAGUCAUUGACCUACAAAUGCCUCAAGUGCCUCCGAUGAAUAAGUCUGCUGAAGGAGAAGACAUAAACUCGAGCAACAUAACAGCAGCCAUACUGGAUUUGACUCGUGAGAUCUCAAGACAUGCUGCAGCGUUGAAUGCGUCCUCAGACCGUACUGUCAAUACCAGCAAUAUUUCGACAGAAUUUCCUUCCGGAAGGAGGCAACUCAAAGUGGAUCUCCCCCUACUGAAAGACAAGAUGGGUUCACAGGGCACAAUUACCACCAACUUUUUCAACGUCACAUCCAACGAUAUGAGUCUGUGCGAACACAUGGCGAAACAGGUGGCUCUGAACAGCUCUGCUAAUGACACGACUAUCACUAUAUCAAACUUAUCUCAUGAAUUGCCUGGCUUCAAUGCCAGUAUUGAAAUGCCCCACGAAGAACCACUGAAUGGAACAAACAUCACCAUCAACGUCUACAACAUAGACUCAAUCGCUACUGCAGUUGCAAAGAGUGGCGAUGAAGUAAAAUCUGACGAAAAUGACGGAAGCAAUGUGUGAUUUGUGAUUCAAUUGAAAAUGAUUCUCAAACGUUUUGAUACUUGAAAACAUUUCUCAAAUAUUUGUAAAAUAAUUUAGCUAGCGACUAAUAAAGCUUGAUAAAAUAGUAUAAAAAUCAAAGUCGUUCUUCGCACGAAGAUUAACCAUACUUACGGAGGGCUAUAUAAUUUGA